CUGUGCGUGCGUGUAUAACGUUGCUCCCAAGCAGCUCGCGAGUCUUUUGCGCUGUUUUUCCGCCUCACGCGCAUUUUUCCUCCUCUCGAGGCUGAAUGAAUGUACACGCGGAAUGUAAAUACAGAUCAGCACAGGGGCGACGUCUCUCUGUCUGGCUCUGUUUCUUUCUUUCUGUAGCUGUCACUGGCUAAGGGAUUCCAAAGCCAUCGUUUUGGAGCCCUGGAGACAUAAAGGGAGGUGAGGAACCGAGUGAAAAGAGGGAGAACGGGGCAAAUAGGCUGUGUUACCUCUCUCUCUCUCUCUCUCUCUCUCUCUCUCUCUCUCUCUCUCUCUCUCUCUCUCUCUCUCUCUCUCUCUCUCUCUCUGCUCCCUAAGUUACCUGUCCGUGGCUGCAGAGGUGAAAACGUCUCGCUUGUCUCUUCCAUUUGCGACGCUAAAUAGCUUGAAAGGGGAAAUGAUUUGGACUCAUUAUCAGUGAUACAAUGUGCGUCUCACUCGCCAUCACUCGCACAGACUGAAGAGGGAACCGGACGGAGAAGGACGGCGCAGAAAGGUUAGGCAUUUCUCAGGUCAAAAAAACCUAUUGAAUGCUGGAAAUCUCACACGCCUUCGGACGCUGAAGAUGAAGUUAUUAUGGAAACAGUUUUUGCUGCUAUCAGUCAUGGAGUGUCUUACAGAUUGUUUGGAUUAUAAAUCAUUUCAUGGGCCAAAAUGGCGGAUGGAACCCAGUGAUUUAACGUUGCCUGUUGGUUUACCAGAAGAAGAGGCCACUCUCACUUGUGAUGCCAAAGGCUUCCCUGCUCCUCAGUACAGGUGGUCACUGAACGGCACAAUGAUUGAUCUGAGGGCUGAUUAUCGGCGGCGUCUCUCUGGUGGAAAUCUGGUGAUUAGGAAUCUGGACCUUUACAGGGAUGCAGGAAUCUACCAGUGCACUGCGUUUAACUCACUGGGAGCCAUUCUGAGCAGGAGAGCGACCCUUCAGUUUGCAUACUUGAAUUUUAAAACGCAAACAAGAAGUGCCGUGUCAGUGCGUGAGGGUCAAGGAGUAGUUUUAUUAUGUGGUACACCUAUAUAUGCAGGAGAGCUGCAUUUUGCCUGGGUGUUCAACGAGUACCCGUAUUUUGUCCAGCAAGACAGCAGACGUUUUGUCUCCCAAGAGACCGGAAACCUUUACAUCGCUAAAGUAGAGCCUUCCGAUGUAGGAAACUACACAUGCGUGGUAGUAAAUCGCAUUACAAAGGUCAAAAUGCUGAGUUCUCCCACUCCACUGAUCCUGAGGACAGAUGGUGUGAUGGGUGAAUAUGAGCCUAAAAUAGAAGUUUUUUUUCCUGACAUGGUUCCAGCUGCCAAGGGCUCCAUUGUGACACUGGAAUGUUUUGCUUUGGGGAAUCCAGUGCCUGAAAUAACAUGGAGAAGGGCUAAUGGAGUUCCCUUUCCCAACAAAGUGAAGAUGAAGAACUCGAAUGUCGUUCUGGAGAUCCCCAGUUUCCAACAAGAGGAUGCGGGUGGUUAUGAAUGUGUGGCAGAGAACAAGAUGGGCAGGAACACUGUGAAAGGACGACUCUCCUUCCAUGCUAAGCCUCAGUGGGUGCAGACCAUGCAUGACAGUGCCUUAUCCAUUGAUGAAAGGCUGUUUUGGGAAUGUAAAGCCAGUGGAAAACCCAAGCCUUCAUACAGCUGGCUAAAGAAUGGAGAACUACUAAACACACAGGACAGGAUUCACAUAGAGAAUGGAGCUCUAACUGUAGUCUCAGUCAACCUGUCUGAUGCUGGCAUGUACCAGUGUGUUGCGGAAAACAAACAUGGAGUUAUUUAUUUCAGUGCCGAGCUGGUGGUGCUUGCCUCACCCCCAGACUUCUCGAGAUCCCAAGUGCGAGCACUACUUAAAGCUAAAACUGGCAGCACUGUGACUAUGGAGUGCAGGCCUCAGGCUUAUCCUCCUCCCAUCACAUCCUGGAGGAAAGGCAGUGAACAACUCCAAAGCACAGAAAGGAUAAGUCUUCUUCCAGAUGGAACAAUAAGAAUCAUAAAUGUGACAAAGACAGAUGUGGGCAGCUACACAUGCCUGGCUAGAAACCAAUUUGGGAUGGCAAGUACCACCAGAAGACUGCUGGUCACAGAUCCCACACGGAUCACUCAGGGCCCAGUGGAUACGGAGAUCAUAGUGGGCGAGAGUAUCGUGCUGCCGUGCCAAAUCGCGUGUGAUGCCUCUCUGGAUGUGUCCUUUUCCUGGGCCUUUAACGGACAGCUCCUCAACAAACUCGACCCUCACUAUGAGCACGUUGGUGGGGGGGUGGCUGGAGAUCUGAUGAUACGCAAUAUUCAACUGAAACAUGCCGGGAAGUAUGUCUGUGUCAUCGACACAGAUGUAGAAAGUCUAUCUGCAGCUGCCAUUUUGAUUGUAAAAGGUCCCCCUGGAGCUCCAGACAUUGUAACAGUAGAGGAGAUCACAGACAGCACAGCACAGCUCUCCUGGAGGCCUGGACAAGACAAUGGCAGCCCCAUCCUCAGCUACAUCAUCCAGACCAAAACAGCUUUCACUGUGGGAUGGCAGGCAGUGAAUACAGUGCCUGAGGUGAUAGAUGGGAACACUUUGACUGCUACAGUAGUGGACCUGAAUGCGUGGGUGGAGUAUGAGUUCCGUGUGCUGGCUAGGAACAGUGUUGGCGUAGGAGAACCAAGCCCUGCCUCACUCAAGACCAGAACCGAGGACGCAGUUCCUGAUACGGCACCAGCUAAUGUUGGCGGUGGGGGAGGCUCCAAGUCUGAAUUGGUAAUAACGUGGGAGCCUGUGCCUGAGGAGCUGCAAAAUGGAGACGGUUUUGGUUACAUCAUUGCUUUGCGGCUGCUCGGCGAGCUAACGUGGACACAUGUUGUGACAUCAGCACCAGGACGCUAUGUCUACCGCAACGAGAGCAUUGCACCGUUUUCUCCUUUUGCGGUGAAAGUGGGAGCGUACAAUGUGAAAGGCCAGGGACCCUUCAGCCCUGUCACCACAGUGUUCUCAGCAGAGGAAGAGCCCAGCAGAAUGCCAGGGGGUGUGUGGGCUCGGAGUAUUUCUGACACUGAAUUUCAAGUGAGCUGGCAGACACUCUCUGACUCUCCCGAAAGAGUUUUGGGAUAUGAGGUCAUGUACUGGGAAGAUGACACUAAGCCAGAAACCAUGGGGAAGGUGCGAGUGUCUGCAAAUCAGUACAAAGUGAACAUCAGUGGCCUGAAGGGGUACACUCAGUAUUUCCUUACAGUGAGCGCCUUCAACACAGCAGGAACAGGGCCACGCACACCCACCAUUAACAUCACCACCAAAAAGUCUCCGCCAGGACAACCACCAUUGAAUGUGGAGUGGAAUCUCAUUGACUCAAAGCUGACUGUCCACUGGGACCCGGUGGUCACCAUGGAGAUGGAGUCAGAGGUCACUGGGUAUAAGGUUUCUUACACAAGGAACAGACAUACUGAGAUUAAUACAGUGACCACUAACGUUACAUCUGUGGAGCUCAUCCUUCCUGCCGAUGAUAAUUACAUCAUUCAGAUUUGUGCUCUGAGCGACAGCGGAGACGGCAUGUCCACUGAGCCCAUCAACAUUCACAAACUGAGUAUGAGUGUACGGGGUUCAGGAGCGUGGCACCCGAGCGCCAUCCCCCUGUCCUUGCUUUUUACCAUCGCAUUAACUGCCACGAGGCCAACUUUGUGAGAAGGACGUUAAUACUGCACAGACUUAUUGAGUUGAUCAUGUGUGCUCAUUCCUUACAAAUCAUGAGAGAAGUGUAGUGAAACAAUUUUUUACUCCCAACCUUCCCAUAUUUCAACUGAGGCAGCGUCAUGUGCAUUUGAUGAAACCGACGAGGACGUGCAAAAUUACAGGAUUUUGUGUGCAUGUUACGGUCUCAAGGCAAGUGUUUAAAUAGACUGAACACAUUUAGGUCGUACUUUUUUGUAUCGUACACGGAUGUCAUGAUUCAUAUGCACUACUUGCCAGCUGGUCUCUGUGACCCUUGCGGAAAACAAAAUGCCUUACUUCCAUGUUACAUGCCAAAGUAGUUCAUGUCUUUUGUCAUGUCCUUCACUUCUUGUUGCUAAGCUACUGUUUGUCCAAUCAUGCUUUUUAUUCCUUUUGAUAUGACAAUGUAAUCAGUGUUUUUAUACAAUCUUGUUACAUAUCACUGGCACCCCGCUGCUUCUGCGUACCCAUUUUACAGAAUAUAAUUUUUCACUGUGCCUUCUAUACAAUAGCUGCAUAUAUUUAAUUUAACUUUACAUCAAAGCCUUUACUGUUCAGUCUUUCAUUAUCUUUGAGGAUGUGCAGUGUGUCAUUUGAUGCCACUUUGUUUUGCUUUGGUCGAAACAAUGGCUGUGGUUCAUGGGUUUUGUUAACAUGUACAACUAUUAGCACAGUGUAAUACUGAGUUGCAGACUUAUUAUUAGCUUCUAAUGUCGCCUGUCUGUAGACGCCACUAGAGUCUUAAUACAAGCAGAUAAUAUGAUGUUAUUCUCCCAACUGCAUUAUAUCAUAGCAACAGAUUUGUUAGAGAGAAAAAUGUUCCCCUGGUUAGCUGUCAGACUUUUUUUUCCAUAUUACUGACAGACAGCUCCCUUUAGGGUGGGUGAGAUUUGAAUUGGUUAUGUGUAAAACGUGUGUGAUCAUACAGUAUGUAUGAUGUGUUGCAUAAGAAUUUACCCCUGUACACUAUUUCACCUUUUGUAGUGUUACAACCUGUAACUGAAAUUGAAGCAAGGGAGAAGUGGCUAUGCUCUCUGGGUGGGAUGGAUGGCAUUACUGUCUCUGCCCUGUCAAUCACAGCAACAAUAGCCAACCAUGAGGCUAUUUCCUCUGAAUGAGUUACGUUGCCAUGUGAUGCAACAAUUCAAAAAGGAGAGAGUAUCUGUAGUAUGACAGAGAUUGAUGGUGAAUGGAAAUCUAAUCAAAAUAUACACAUUGCUAGGAUUUCAGAAAUUUGUCCUGGAAUUUUUUUACAUAAUACUAAUGUCUUAGUUCAGAGAAGCAACCAAGAAGCCAAGAGUUAAUGUCAAAGUAAUGCUAACACCAUCAUGCUUCAAUGCAGGAUAUGUUAUCAGGGUGAGGAGCAGUGUUGGGUUUCCUCUAAAUAUAGUGUUUUAUUCCUAGAUCAACAUUUUGGUUUUAUUUGACUUGCUAUUCUGGAUGUAACGAUGCAUCACAGUGCAAAAUAAAUGCAAAAAUGCUCUGUGUUUUAUUAGUUAUGAUUCUGAAAGAAUUUAAUUUUUUCAACAUUAAAAUUUAAGGUUAAAGCAAAUAUCGUGGGCAGAAUUGUGCCAUGCCCGGCUAGAAUCUUUUCAGCUCCUUCAGAGCUUCAAUUGGCCUUUUGGUGACUUCUCUGACUAAUCAUUUUAAUAAUCUUAAACUCUCUCAGACUUUUUGGGGAUAGUCUCCUCUAGGCAGCGUAUAAUUUGUGUCAUGUUCUUUAUAUGUUUUCAUAAUGGAAUUAUUGUUGAUAUGUGGAAUAAUCAAAGUUUAGGAUCAUUUCUUAUGACCAAACAUCCGGCUUGUCCCGCUGACCUGUACCUCGUUUGAUCAACUGCUCGCACCAGAACUUAGAUAUUUUCUACAUUUUACAUUUUUGGAUUCAGGAUAUAAUUUCAAAUUCAUGCUUUCAGUUCCAGGGUGUAACACUAUUAUUUUACCUCCUUAGAGAGAUAAACAACUGUCUGUGUCUGUGUACAAAGUACCAGCUUGCUACAUUUGUGUUUUCAGGAGCAGAAUAGCAGGAGGUUUAAACGUGUAGAUUUCAGCUAGAUUCGAUCCUUACUGACAUUUCUCUGGCACGAUGGAUUAGACGUUCAGUCGAACAUGUUUUAACCUAGGAACGCAAGAGUCUUGUGCUUCAAUCUUUAUGUCAAUAUUUCUUGCUUUAUGUAAUGAUAAAUACAGUGUCUGAUCCAUGCAGUAAUUCAGGUGUCAUUAAAACAUCCCUAAAUUCUGGCUACGCAGCCCACCUGACUGAACAGGCGAUGGUGUAUAUUCUGGUUAUUAGAGCCACAGGAGGAAGAUGGAUGUGAGAAGAACGAUGCGCCAAGCUACUGUAUAUUAGAGCAGUCCAGACAGAGCUGAUGAAAGAUAUUUAGAUUUCCCAGUCCUUUUAUUUCAAGCGCAGACAUUUCUAGUGGCCUCUUGAGAAGAUAGCGAGAAAGCCUAUCACAGUCAGCCCACGAUCUUUAGCACUGGCCAUGUAAAGUGCAGCAUUUUGCAGCUGUCUUUCCUUUGAACGUUGAUUUUGAUUUUAAAGUCAAAUGAAACUCAGCACAAAAGUGAACACAAGUGAACAUUCCCUCUUCUUUGAGAAGAAGAUUGUGUUAUUCUUAGAGACUUGUUGAACAGAUGUCAGGGUUGUCAGGAACCUUUGUCCUGGAUUUGGACCACUGUGUUUUGAUUCAGCUUCUGUUCACAUUAUAGGUGCAUGUUGCCAGGUAUGGCACAGGGAUGACAUUUCCAUCUCUUUCUCAUUACAUGUUGAAUUCUGUGUGAGAGAGCAGUGUGUGUGUGUGUGUGUGUGUGUGUGUGUGUGUGUGUGUGUGUGUGUGUGUGUGUGUGUGUGUGUGUGUGUGUGUGUGUGUGUGUGUUGUGUUGUGUACAAUCAAUAGCUUAUAUCAUAAUGUUUUAAAACUGACCUUGAUCCUUUUGUGUUAAUUAAAUACUGUUUUGUUCAUUUAAGUUUUUCAAACUUGAUGGCUAUAUUGUACUUUUUUGUUUGUUUUAUAGCCUCCUUUGUAGUCUUUGUUAUGGAAAAAAAGCAAAAUAUGACACAAAAUACGGCUACAAAGACCAUAUUUGUUAAAACAUUCAGGAAAGAAUGUGACAACUUGAAAUAUGCUUUUUUUUGUCCGUUUGCUUUUUGAAAAGUUUAGCAUGUGUGCUUUUGUCUGUUGUACACACACGUUUUGUCAAACGUGUAAACAUUUGACCAACUCUUUUGAUACGGCUGUAUAACUGGAAUGUCUUUAAUCUCUGCGAGAUGACAUGUUUAAUCAGGACAAUAUUUUCAUAUUGAAAAGCAAUUCCCACAUCCUGUACAGUAACCGUGCAUGUUUCCAAUUGUUUUAAGUGUAUGUAGCUUUUGUUUUUGUUUUGUUUUUAAAACAACUGUAAUAAUUUGCAGGAGAUUUACCUCCAUACUACAAGUGAUUUGUGUUAAAUUACAUGUUAAUUAGAAUUCGUCAUGGCUUGAGUUGGUUUGUUUGUUAAUAUCGAUGUACAAUACAUUUGUAGAUAUGAUUAUCAAAACGACUGGAUUUUCU